AUAAGAGAACAUUUUUACUCUGACUCUCCAUCGAAGGCAGAACGUUUUCCGUUGGUGUUUUCUAUUUUUCAUAAAAUUCAACCAAGACUGGGAAAAUGGCCUCAUCAAAACUGUCAUCCGAGUUCUCUGAGCUGAAAUUUGUGGGUGAAGGGGCCUUCGGCAAGGUCUAUCGUGGUAAGGAGAAAUCCUCGGGAAAGAUCUGCGCUCUGAAGGUUUUAGCAGGAUCCAUAUCAGCUAAUCAGAGAGAAAUCGACGCGCUUCAGCAAAUCCCUGCGCAUGAAAACAUCGUUAAGUAUAUAAGAUUAUUCUUCACUGAAAACCAAGAGUUGUGUUUGGUGAUGGAGUACUGCAGUGGUGGUACUCUGAAUAAAUAUUUGGUGUCCCAUCGUGAACUAGAGCCAAGUCGUGAUCUUCGCUUCAUGAGGCAAAUCGCCUCUGCCGUUGCCUUUCUGCAUCGCUUUGGCGUAGCCCAUCGUGACUUGAAACCGGAUAACAUUUUACUCUCCGACAAUGGUACCUUGAAAGUUGCUGAUUUCGGUUUGGCCAAGAUUAUUACCGAUUCAAAAGGCGGCGGCAAUCUGCUCGGUUACUACAUGGGCACAAAAUGCGGCACUCCUUAUUUCACGGCACCAGAAGUGCGCUCGGGGCACUACACCGUCAAAUCAGAUGUGUUUUCUAUGGGGGUUAUUUUUGCCUGCAUUUUGCAACGUACAGUGAUAUCAACAGCCCGCGAUGGGGACAAAGCAGUCGCUUUACUCUCCACAAAGCCGAUCGGAGAAGCUUUGUGCCUCGACCCGUCGACCAAGUUCUUACUUCCAAAGGACCUCAACAUCAGCCAAGAAAUUCGCACUUUGGUUGAACGGAUGCUAGAGUGCUCUCCGAGCGAUCGUCCGGCUGCUGAUGGAGUAAAGUCUAAACUUGGUGCGUAGAGGGGGGGAGUUGGAGCCUGGAGUCUUAUUAGUAAAUCAUCCACUCUACUAUUGCGAAGAACAGCUAUACCGACUCCAAGAUUAAACUAGAGAGGAGACUGCGUAGUCAAGAUGGCUGAUUCCUCAGAGCCCCACAGUCGUGUUGGAGUUUUAUUAUUUAGCGUAUGGCUAUUAGAAACUCAGAUAUAAUCAUGCUAACUCAUUAAUACUAACUGUUAAAGGACGUAUUUAACUUGUUCUUGUUCAAUUAGAACACAACAAAUAAAGUCAUUGUUUAUCGUUUUCAUUAUGACUGUGUUAAAUAAUUUGCCACAACUUGCUUGAAAUACAUCAAUUAAAAUCUUAAUUAUUGAAAAUAAAAUACACCAGUCCAACAAAACAAGAAAAGAAAAAAAACUAAAUUUAUUUACGCCCAAUUCACCUGUAGUGCGUUGCCUAUAAUUUGUCCGAAGAAAUAUGGCUAUAAUGAAUCUAGUGUGAAUAAUGUGUUACAGUGGUCCAGUGAUUAGAGUAUAAAUGACUUGCAAUAACAAGGUUGUGGGUUCGAAUCCUGCCAAGCUAACCACUGAUUUCACACUGACUAGGAUAAGUAUUGUCAAUUGUGUUACUGAAUCACAAGUUAUUUAUUUGUGCAAUGAUCACAAACGGUAAACAUUGUUUGUAUGAAAGAGAUUGGCUGUUGACAGUUUUUGUCCCCUUGUGGGCUUUGCCAAGUUCCCUUAAAGGGAAGGUACACGUUUGGUAGUUACUCAAAACAAAUAUUAACCUAAAAACUGACUU